GCAACGCCCGGACGGGACCGACAUGGAGCCCUGAGAGGAGGCGCCGCCGGGGCCGGCGGAGGAUGGCGAAGCUGCUGGUGCCCCUGGUGAUGCUGGGGGCGGUGGCGGGGUCCCACCGCUGCCCCCCCCGCUGCCUCUGCCCGGCGGCCGCCCCCAACCCCACGCUGCUGUGCGCCCGCACCGGCCUGCUGGCCGUGCCGCCCAGCCUGGACCGCGGCGCCGUGGAGCUGCGCUUGGCCGACAACUUCAUCGGCGCCGUGGGCCGCGCCGAUUUCGCCAACAUGAGCAGCCUGGUGCACCUCACCCUCUCCCGCAACGGGCUGCGGCGCCUGGCGCCUGGCGCCUUCGCCGACCUCCGCGCCCUCCGCGCCCUCCACCUGGACGGCAACCGGUUGCCGGCGCUGAGCGGGGCGCAGCUGCGCGGCUUGGCCAGCCUCCGGCACCUCAUCCUGGCCAACAACCAGCUGGCCGCCAUCGAGCCCGCCGCCUUCGCCGCCUUCGCCGCCACGGUGGAGGACCUGGACCUGUCCCACAACAACCUGCCGGCGCUGCCCUGGGAGGCGGUGGCCGGCAUGGCCAGCUUGGCCACCCUCACCCUGGAUCACAACCUCCUGGAGCGGGUCCCCGCCGGCGCGGUGGCGCGCUUACCGCGCUUGGCACGCUUGGACCUCACCGCCAACCGCCUACGGGCGUUACCGCCGGUGCCGGGGCCGCCGGGCCCCAGUUUGGCGGCGGGGGGGAACCCGCUGCAUUGUAACUGCGAAUUGCUUUGGUUACGGCGUUUGGCGCAACCGGGCCGGCUGGAGAGCUGCGCAUCGCCACCGCCGCUCGCCGGUUCGCUUUUUGGGGCCGUGCCGGAGGAGGAAUUGGCGUGUCGAGCCCCGGCCAUCGCUGGCGCCGCUGCCGAUCCCGCUGCCGUCUUGGAAGGCCAACCCUUACGGUUGGGUUGCGCCGCUGCCGGCGAUCCGCCGCCGGCGUUGCACUGGUUGGGUCCGGACGGGCGGUUGGUGCAGAACGGUUCACAGCGCGCUGUCGGCCCCGACGGCUCCUUGGAGCUCCGGGUCGCCACGCUGGGCGACCACGGCGCCUUCACCUGCGUGGCUUCCAACGCCGCCGGCGAGGCGGCCGCCCGUGUGCAGGUAGCCGUCUUUCCGCUCCCGGUUGCCCGCGAGGAUGGGGAUGGCGAUGGCGAAACGGCGGCCGGUCCUUCGGAUAUGGCUCGCGCCGGCGGCAACGAGACGUGGGUGCCGGGCGAGCGGCGCGUGGUGGCGGCCGAGCUGACGGCCACGUCGGCGCGAAUACGCUGGCUGCCCCAGCGCCACGUCCCCGGCAUCCGCAUGUUCCAGGUCACCUACAACAGCUCCCUCGACGACUCCCUCGUCUACAGGCUGCUGCCCCCCUCCAGCCGGAGCUUCGUGCUGCGGGACCUGGCGGCCGGGCGCCACUACCAGCUCUGCGUCACGGCCCUGCACGCCGAGGGGGUCCCGGCGGCGCCCACCGCCCGCGGGCUGGGCUGCGUCCGCUUCGCCACCCCCGGGGGGGCCCCCGGCUGCGCCGCCCUCCCCCGCCCCCACUUUUUGGGGGGCACCGUCAUCAUCGUCAUCGGCGCCGCCAUCGCCGCCUCCGUCCUCGUCUUCAUCCUCAUCCUCACCGCCCGCUACAAAGCGGCGGCCCGCCCGCCGGCCCCCGCCGCCGUCGCCAGCGUCUGCUCCCAAACCAACGGCGCCCACAGAAGCCCCGAGCCGGCGCCGCCGCCCCUCCCUGCCCCGGCACCCAUGGGUGCUACCGGCGGGGGGGGCGGGGGGCUGUUCCCCAGCCACAGCUACCCCCGGCGCGCACGGACUCGGCGCCACGGCUCGCUGCCGCGCCUCGACCUGCCCGAGGGGACCCCCCCGCUGCGCCCCUCCUUCGGCAGCACCCACUGGAUGCUGGAGAGCACCGUCUGAGGGGGGGGGGAGGGGGGGCAAGGGUGGGGGAAGGGGUGGGUAGCACCCAUGGGUGCCCGGUGGCAACGGGUCUUGGCGCAUCGCC